GAGUUCAUCACUUCAUCUCCGAUUUGCUCCGACCUCCGCCGCCUGAUUAUGGUAUACUGGAGACUGGAGAGGAUUGAGUCAUGGAGGAAAUUUUCAAUUAAAAGUUGAUUGGGAUUCUGCCUUUUGUCUUCUUGGGUUUGUAUUAGGAAUCACUGGGAAUUUAGGUUUAAUCAAUGGCUGAUCGAAAUUCUGCUCCUACGAAGACUGUAUGGAUGAAGCAAGCUGAGGAGGCUAAGAUCAAGAGCGAGGCUGAGAAAGCUGCUGCUGCAAAAGCAGCGUUUGAGGCCACAUUCAAGGACAUUGAAAAGAACCGAAACAAAGAUGUUGCUGUAGCUUCAUCUGACAGUGAGUCUGACAAUGACAGUGAUUUGGAGAACAAGCCAAUUGGCCCUGUGGAUCCUUCCAAGUGCACAGCUGCUGGUCCUGGGAUAGCAGGUGGCACAGCUUGUAAUCCUUCCACGUUUGUGGUAUUGACAAAGGAUGCAGAUGAGAGGAAGGUUCUGAAUGGGGGAGCCCAGAUUAAGGUCAAGGUUUCACCAGGCAUGGGUGUUGGGGGAUCGGAGCAGGAAGGAGUAGUGAAGGACAUGGGUGAUGGAACGUAUACAGUGACAUAUGUUGUGCCCAAGAGAGGGAAUUAUAUGUUGAAUAUUGAGUGCAAUGGCAAACCAAUCAUGGGUAGUCCAUUUCCAGUGUUCUUCAGUGCAGGUUCAUCUACUGGAGGACUACUUGGCGUGGCUCCAACAUCCACUUUUCCAAAUGUAGUGAACCAAACCAUGCCCAACAUGCCAAAUUACACGGGGUCUUUUUCUGGGGCAACCCCUGGCUUAUUGGGAAUGAUCCCUGGUGCUAUUUCUGGUGCUUCUGGUGGUGUUAUUCUGCCUGGAAUUGGGGCAUCUCUUGGGGAAGUUUGUCGAGAGUACCUUAAUGGUCGGUGUGCUAAAACUGACUGUAAAUUGAACCAUCCCCCCCACAAUUUGCUGAUGACAGCAUUGGCUGCAACAACCAGCAUGGGGACAUUGAGCCAGGUUCCUAUGGCACCGUCUGCUGCUGCAAUGGCUGCUGCUCAAGCUAUUGUUGCCGCUCAGGCCCUUCAGGCUCAUGCUGCUCAGAUGCAAGCACAAGCGCAGUCAAACAAAGAAUCAUGUGAUUCUCCUGAUGCAGCUGCAAAGGUUGAUGCUUUGAAGAGAACUCUGCAAGUUAGCAAUCUUAGCCCUCUUCUCACAGCAGAGCAGCUGAAGCAACUAUUUAGUUUCUGUGGUUCAGUUGUUGAGUGUACAGUCACUGAUUCAAAACAUUUUGCUUACAUAGAAUACUCAAAACCUGAGGAAGCAACUGCUGCUUUGGCACUAAACAAUAUGGACAUUGGGGGUCGGCCAUUGAAUGUGGAGAUGGCCAAAGCACUUCCUCAGAAGUCAUCUAUGUCAUCACUGGCGUCAUCUUCUCUUCCCAUAAUGAUGCAGCAAGCUGUUGUCAUGCAACAGAUGCAAUUUCAACAGUCUUUGCUUAUGCAGCAAACAAUGGCUGCUCAGCAAGCAGCAAACAGAGCUGCAAGCAUGAAAUCUGCAACAGAGUUAGCUGCAGCAAGAGCUGCAGAGAUAAGCAAGAAGUUAAAAGCUGAUGGACUUGUACCUGAAGGGGAUGAAACCAAACGUACAUCUAGGUCACCAUCCAAUUCUUGUGCAAGGUCAAGAUCAAAGUCAAGAUCCCCAGUUAAUUAUCCACGGAGGUCUAGAUCCAAGUCAAAAUCACCUAUCAGUUAUCGGCAAAGACGGAGAUCUCGUUCUUUUUCCCCCCUACCUCCCUGCCGACGAGAUUAUAGGUUUAAAUCACCAAGGAGAUCUCACUAUCGCUCAAGUUUUGACAGUGAGAGGCGGUCAUAUAGAGAAGUUAGGAAUAGUGCUGAUAGGAGUUGGAGGCGUGACUCAGAUAGGUCACAUGACAAUCACUCAUCUAUUUCAAGGAGAAAUAGGAGUAGGAGUACUAGUCCGCAAACAAGAAAAUCACAUAAAGUUGAUUCAGGCUCACCAAGGCAUCACAGGGAAAGUUCACCUCGUAAGAAAAGAAAAUUGAAGAAUGCUGGUUCAAGAUCUCCAAGGUGUGGUAGGGGAAGUAGGUCAUCCUCAAGGAAUGACAAUGAAGAAAAACUGAAGUGCAGAAAGCGCUCUAGGUCAAAAUCUUUUGAUGAUUCUGUUGACAGGGUAGAUGAAAUCCAGGAUGAAAAGUUGGAAUAUCGAGGGCAAAGGCAUUCCAGGUCAUUAUCUGCAGAAGGUAAGCAUCAAAGAAGAAGCAGAUCAUCUACAAGAAGUUCAGAUGAGAACAAAGCAAAACACAGAAAGAAGUCCAGAUCAAAAUCAGUGGAGGCCAAACAUCACUUGAGUAAUACAGUUGAUGAAACGAGAGACAAUGAAUCAAAAACAUGUGACAGAAGGCGUUCUAGGUCAAGAUCUGCUGAAAGUAAGCAGUACACCAAGGAGAGAAGUGAUCGAAGCAGGGAUAAAAAAUCAAAGCAUCAUGAUAGAAGAAGGUCUCGGUCAAGAUCUGCUGAGGUCAACAAGCAUCACAGAGGAAGCAGGUCAUCCACAAGAAGUUUAGAGGGAAAAAAAUCAAAAUACAGGAGGUACUCUAUAUCGAAGUCUCCCGAAGACACAAAUCACUCAAAUGAUAGAUUAGAUGAAAACAGAAAUGAAAAAUCAAAGCAUCAUGACAGAAAGAGCAUGACAUCUGCUGAAGAUAAGCACCAUAGAGGAAGUAGAUCUUCUCCCAGAAGUUCCGAAGACAACAAAUCAAAACAUAGAAGGCACUCUAUUUCUACGCAUGCCAAAGAUGAUUCAAGAGCAUCAACAAAUGAUGACCAAGAUUUGAAGAUCACAUGCAUGAAAGGUUUUAGCGCUGAUGGAGGAGGCUCAUUGUCAGCGAUUAGCACGGAUUGAUUGCAGAAGAGCUGACCAAACUUUAUUUAACAGGAGUGAAAGAUCAUUCCGUUUCUACCGACAGAAGAUAGCUGUAGGCUCUAGUGUUGCCAGAUCAGACCAUGGGCUGCAAAUUGACACCUUCAAAUUAUGUGGUCUCACUUCUGCAAUACAGGCUUGUUUAAAUUCAAGCUUGUUUGGCAAUGGACAAUUUUAUUAUUUUGGGUUGAGCCUUAGGUUCCCAUAUGAAUGGUGGUUCUCUUCAGAUUGUUGUGUCUUUCUUUUGGUGCUCAGAUUUUUCUGCCACUGGUUGGCAUUUCAUAAAUGUAUGUGCUUUGU